UCAAUCCGAAUGAGAGUUGGUUGAACACGAGUGGCACUAGGACCCAGAGCGGAAGGAAGUGCGUGGUAGCUUGCGUCACCAAGAUGGCCGACCAAAACAAGGACGAUGUCCAGCCAAACGUUUAUAGCGAAAUAUUAAGCCCAUCUGAGCUGUUUUCAGCACGAACCCGGAGUCACAAGAUCCCGGUCCGUGGUCAAAAAGACUUCUACCCAGAUGACUCUGAGGAGCAGCGUGCUCGUCUGGAACAAAGCCUGAGUGAACACUGGAGCCUGGUGUCGGAGGAGCGGGUGGAGAGGCUAGGUAACCUGGUGAAGGCCGUUUGGAUUCCCAGUGAGCAAAUCGUGGAGCUUCUGUCUCCAGCAGGCAAGUUCUGGCAGACGAUGGGAUUCUCAGCCAGCGGCAAGCAGUACCUCCUCCCCGAAGAGGCCCUCUACCUGAUGGAGUGUGGCAACGUGCAGGUGUUCUACCAGGACCUCCCACUCUCCAUCCAGGAUGGCUUUGAAUGUUUUUUGUCUUCCAGGACUGUGACCCUGCAGCAGUAUCAGGUGUUUGGGCAUCUGAAGAGGCUGGGCUAUGUGGUGCACAGGUUCGAUGCUAGCUCGGAACCGUCGUCUUACGCCAGGCAACUCAACUUGCCGCGGACGCUGAAAAGGAAGCGCAGCGACAGUCCUGUCGCAACUUGCAGCCACAGCGAAGCUCACAACGUACCCAAUGUGAAGCGAAAGGAAGAAGAUUCAACUCUUCCUGAAUCUCAGCCGCCAUCCUCACCAGGCACCUCGGGGGUCCAAAGCCACUCGUCAGAUCUAAGCAGGGGCCGACCCUGGUGGAUAACAACGGAACCUCGUGCCGGCCACAAGGCCGAUGAACAUACCCAUCGCCGCUCUUCCCGCUGGGAUGGCUCCAUCGUGUUCCCAAACGUGGCCGGACACGCCGGUCGCUUGGCCUCUCCAGACCCGUGUCUGCUGCCUGGUGGUCUGACAGUGGGGGAGUGUGACGUCAUACCGUGGACGCUGAGGCUCAACCAGCGGGAGGUCAAGAUGUCUGCCAAGGACAGAGAGAGGGAGAGAAGAGAUUGCAGGAGAAACUGGGAUGUCAACACAGACAAAGCGGUACGGCAGUGCCGAAACUGGGCUGAUUACCACCAGCUUCUGGCUCGCCGGCAAGAGAGACGCAGCGAACGGCCGGAUCACUUGUGGAAGAGAGAAGUCACUCCGUUACACGACCACACCCAACCCAUCCCCAUGGGUGAACUGCUCGAGAAAAUCAGUGUGGUCAAGUCUUCACAUUUGCUCGAGGGAGCGUCCAGUUUGAAGGCCUCGGAAGAGUGGAGGAUUUGUUUCAAUGUUUACCAACCCGACACGGUGGCUUCCUUCAAGAAGAGCAACCCGGGGAAACCUUUUGCCCGCAUGUGCGUGUGCAGCUUCAGCGGGCCCGUCCCGGACUUGGCGGUCGUCAAGCAGCUGAGCUUCCAGAGUGGUGACGUCCAGGUGGUCUUUGCCGUGGUGGACGCCGGGGACAUCUCUUUUUACACCUUUAAAGACUUCCAGCUGCCGACAGAUGUGUACCAAUAACCGCCCCGCCACAUUCAAUUGACAUUUUUUAAGGGAAAAAAAAACUAAAACGGCCGUUUGAAAUCCAAUUUCAGGCAUGGCUUCUGGUUUUGAUGUCGACCAAAUGUCAAACUGGCUUUGGGGACAGAAUGUUGUGGGGCCAUGAUUCCCAAUUUUCAAGUUCAGGGAUACUUUCUAUGGAGCAAUUUAGUAAUUUUUUAUUUUUUUUUUAUUUUAGUUUAGUAAUAUUGUUAAUAUGCGUCAGAUCAUAUGUGCUCAUAUUUUUACUUACAAUAAAUCAUCUAAUAAGCGAACACAAUAAAGAUAAAAACCAUGUUAA